CCGAAGCUCAGUACAAUGAUUUACCACGAGUGUUGACUAUGAUAAUACUAUAUGCACGAGAGCAAAUAUUAAUACAAUCUUUGAUCGAGCUCGGGGAAGCCUUUGAGGACAUUUUUUUAUGAGUUUCCUUGUCAUAUAGGUGUUUUCUGUGUUGUCCGUUUCGAGUCGUUUCGAGACAGAUCGCAACCUCUAGUCAUUGAGCAAGAUGAUUGAGUCCCCCAGACUCCGCACCAAGCUGGUCAAUGGGAGGCUCGUCAAAGUCCUCGAAGAAACCAGCGGCUUCCCGGAGAGAGACUCGCCUUAUGGCAGGACGGCAUAUCUUCCCAGGGAAAAUGAGAUCGACAUCAAACCAUACAACCUGAGCAACAUGCCAGUCCUGCCACCCAUCAACUCGCCACUACCACGGGAGCCCCUGCGUAUGCGGCAGAGACCAGCCCCCUCGAACGACAUCGAGGAACUCUACCGCCGGCUGCCAGUGGACGGGACGAUGCCCGCGCUGCCCAUCUCCCUAUCAGAGCACGAGAAAGGCAUUGUGAUGAAGGAGCUGAACAACCACUUGAAGCGAGUCAAGCCGCACAUUCUGCAGGAACUCCGUAGGGACUUGAUGCAUAAGUCCGGAGUUGCGGCUGUCCAUGAGAUGAGCAUGGCGCUCACGAGGAACAUGAUUCUGAUUCCUCCUCAGUUAGUCCGACUGGUCGGCGCAAUGUUUAUGUCCUCAGCCAUGCCAGACUCGGUUAACCUGGACGGAAUGGUCGACUUCAUGGUCAAUGCCACAAGUAUCGAGCCAGACAUCCACGACAGCGAUGUCCCAGGAUAUCCACCACUUCCAGACGAUAUAAUGCGGUUGUUCCGCUUCCUUCCCCGCCAUUCCGACUUGCCGCACGAGCCCACGAUGCUCCGAGAACAGGAGAGACAUCUCCUAAGGAAUAUCAUCGGACAGUUAUUAAGUGACAUUCCGACCCAGGAACUGAGGGAAAUAUAUUCCGAGUUGGCGCAGAAUGACAAGGAGGUGCUUGGAUGUGUUCCUUUCAAGUGCCUGAAACAAGCUCUGGACAGAAGAAGGAUUGCCAUCCAUCCGGCCGUGAUGAGACUCGCAGCGUCCCAAUUCGUCUCAAAGAGGAGCCCGGGCGAAUUCAGGUACCGAGACCUCAUGCAGUUCAUGGAAGAAGCCCACAGAAUCCCCGGUUCAAACGACCCUCUGGCCAAAUCAGAGCAAAACAUCCUACCUCCACAGCCGCCGAUGGAGCUCCAGAACGUUCUUGGUCAGCUCCCGAAAUACCGCGAUCUCCCUGGGACACCUCUGCUUCUCCGGGAGUCCGAGAAGGUCGCAUUGCUGAAGCAUGUUCAUGAGGCCCUGCAGACUGCCGAUCCAAAAGACUUGGAGGAGAUGUAUAACGAACUUUCUUUGAGCGAUAAGAAUACAUUGGGGGCAUUGAGGUUUGAUGAAGUGGUCAAGGUAUUCAGCCGACAGAGGCUCCGACUCUCACAAGAAAUCGUCCGUCUUCUAGCAUCUCAUUUCGUCGCUCACAAAAUCCCCGGCAGAGUGGACUUCAAGAAGCUAAUGAUGUUCCUCAGCUACGCCCAGAAAGGCGAAAUGCCGCCAAUCGAGAUGAACGACGACGGAAAACGUCUUCCACCACCGAGAUUGUUCGUGGAGCCCUCGGCCAACAACACCCUCCCACUGAGUCUCCAGAACCUUCUGAGCCGUAUGCCCCCGGCUGGCUUACCAAGCGAGAUUAUGCACCUCAUAAGAGAGGAGAAAGAGGCAUUAUUACAUGUUCUGAAGUCCUUGAUCAGUAAUAUUGACCCAUUGAAGAUUACAUCCGUUUACAAGGAUUUGUCCAACCAGGAUAAUAAGAUGAUGGGUGUGAUACCAUUCUUGACAGUGCGACAGGCUCUCGAGAGGAAGGGGAUUAACCUUCCGCCAGACAUCCUCCAACUCCUCGCCUCCCAGUUCAUCCAUCCCCAGUACAAACAAAGCAUUGACUUCAGGAAGCUGCUCACGUUCAUAGGGCUUGCCCUGCCCAACCCGCCGACCAUUCCAGAGCUCUCAAUGAACCCUGUACCUCCUCUGCCACCAGAGAUCUACAUGGUGCUCCAGAGACUGCCCAGAAGCGGCCACCUACCGGACAAACCGCUUUUCAUCAAUGAGUUCGAGAAGGAACAAAUUAGGAAAUAUUUGGAGGAGGUCUACCAGGAUCCUGACACGCAGACGAUGCUGAAGGAUGUGUAUGAUGCGGUCAAGCGGAUUGAUGUGCAUUCAUUGGGGACGGUCACCUUAAGCGAUCUGUUGGCUGCGGCUGAGAAAAGAGGGCUAUACGUACCAACAGACAUCCAGCAGCUCCUGGGAGCACUGGUGGUCGCUCCAACACUCCCCGGUCACGUCGACUACAAGCGCUUCCUGACUUUCCUAAGCAGCUGCGUUCCCGGGGGAAAUCUUCCACCAAGCAAACCUGACAACAUGCCUUCAACACCUCGUCCUCACGUCCCGGCCGAGUUGGACAACUUGGUCGGUCUCUUGCCCCGGUUCGACACUGGCUUACCGAAUAGCGCAAUGCAGUUGAAGGAGAAAGAGAAGGCGUUGAUCAUGAAGCAUUUGCACCCGAUGUUAGGUGAUGUGAGUGGGGACAGGUUGAGGGGCAUUCACGAGGAGUUGCUCAAGUGUGAUAGGUACCAGACCGGCACUGCAAGCUUCCCAGACAUCGACAGGGCCUUCACCAGAAAUCUGGUCUAUUUGCCUAAACCCUUGCUGAGACUCCUUGCAUCCAUGUUCAUCCCGCCACGACUCCCAGGUGAAGCAGAUUUCAAGAAACUUCUCUCCUUCAUCAGUGCCGCUGUUGAGUCUCCGCACCAUCAUCCGCCAGAUUCUCAUCCCACGCCUCGCGGUAUGCUUCCCAUCCCCAACGAGCUCCAGACGCUGAUCAAACUGCUCCCCAAGAAUAGUGAGCUACCCAGGUACCCCAUCUACCUCCAAGUUCCCGAACAGGCAAAGAUGCAGGACUACCUCCAAGGGAUUUUAGGAAAGAUGGACCCGCAGAGAUUGAUGGAUGUCUAUAAUACUGUCGCAUUUAUGGAUAAGCAGAGAACUGGUGCGAUACCAUUGACUGAUCUUCGCCGGGCUUUGGACCAAUCUAAUAUCACCAUCCCAUCCGAGAUAAUGCAGCUGAUCGCCUCUCUCUUCCUGACCCCCAAGAUCCAGGGCAAGAUCGAAUACGCCAGGUUCCUUCGCUUCCUCGCAUCGUGUCUCCAGGCGUCGCCCAAGAUGAUGAACAUGAUGAUGGACAUGCCCUUCUCCGGUCCUAAAAUUGACGCCCACCAAUUGGAGCCCCACAUCCUACACGUCCCGGAAUUGCGUCCACUGCUCCGCCUCAUCCCCGCCCAGGGUGGUCUCCCGAAAGACCCCAUCGUUUUGUUAGAAAAUGAGCGCAGGGUCCUCCUGGAGUACCUCCAUGGGCAGCUGCGGUACAUCAAUGUGGACCACUUGAAGGAGAUCUAUCUGAACUUGUCGCAGUUUGAUAAAGGGAAUUCUGGGUGCAUACAUUUUAAUGACGCCAGACACGUUUUGCAGCAAUUCCAGAUUGAGCUACCGCCAGAAGCAGUUCGUCUCAUGGCCUCUCUAUUUGUGGAUCGGAAAAUGCCCGACCACGUCCAGUAUGAGUUGUUGGUGAAGUUUCUGGCCGCUGGGUUGAAGGCUGCUCCGAAUACGGGUGUGGCGCCGAUACUGGGCGAGGCCCCCGGACUGUUACCCGAGCUACCGGCUGAGCUCCAGCACCUCAUCGAGCUCCUCCCGCGCGAGAGCGAUAUCCCAGACGCGCCUUUCACCCUCAAGGACUCUGAGCAGACGAAGCUGGCGGAAUAUUUACAUGAUCGUCUGCGUCUGUUUGAGCCGCGUCUCCUGCGAAAGAUCUACGAUGAAUUGCGUCAGCUUGAUCGGUCCAGGAGUGGGUAUAUACCCUUUACCGACAUGGUGGACGUAAUUGACAGGUUCGGGCUGAAGCUCAAGUACCCCAUCCUGAGAUUGCUUGUCUCAAUGUUCGUCCACGAGCAGGGCAAACUGGACUACACGAAGCUCCUCAACUUCAUCCAAUCUGCAAUCACCAAGUCUCCCAAACAGACGCCUCAUAGUAUGUCUCCAGUUUCGCAAUCACCCAGGUCGCAACAUCACAGGGACAUGCCACCCCACCACGCCCGGCAUGAUGCAAAGCUGAUGCGAUACCUUGAGGAAAACCUCAAAGAAAGACCAUUCGAUCCCGAGAGACUGAGAGAUGCAUUCAUAGCAGCUGACAAACACGGCAAGGGUACGCUUCAAGCCUAUGAGGUGAAAGAUGUCGCCAGGAUGAACGGUGUCCAGCUAAGCGAGGCGGUCCUUGAUGAGAUUGUUGAGAGGUUGGACUAUAGGGCCCUUGGUCAGCUAAGUUGGAUGCAGUUCGUAGAUUUCUUAGAGAAGUGUCAAAGUACGCCAGUACAUCAGCACUACAUAUCAUAAGACCAAGUAAGCAGGACGGUGGUUGUGACGCCGCUAUAAAAGUCAGCCCUGGAAUACUGUGCCAAAAUCACGUCGUAUCUUCAUGAGCCCUAUAAUGGUUUAUUGGAUAAAACAUAGACUAGACUUCGACCCAGUGGAGUAUCCACGGAAAUUGGGUUGUUAAAGACAUGUGAGUGUGUGCGGCGCCGUGUCACUCGGCGGCAUGUCAUCCCUCACCCGAAAAAGCUCCUCGGAAGUGAAUCAGAAUAUGCCGUUCAGUUACUACUUUAUUGUAUCGGAUGUUAAACUAGGGCCUAAGUCUUCCUUGUCUUUAUACACUCCGGAGGCAGUGGAAGAAUCGGCCUCAUUCCCCUCCAUUAGGAAGAAUGAACGACGAAACCGAGCUGUCUCGGGAGUCUAUCUCUGUGGUGUUAUUCGUCUUAAAGCUGAAAUGCCCAUUUCAGACCCAACCGAUGCGGAAACAAAUCGGUUCGCUGCUCAAGCCAAUGAUGAACACAGUCAUAGUUUAUAUUAAUCUGAGUUUUGUGUCCUAUAACUUCUAUUAGAAACCGUCCAAUUUGAUAUACAGUGUAUGUACUUUCAAAUUUUGUAGCCCAUAUUUAUAAGUAUUUAAUAGUACCGUACGAUUAUGUGAAGUACCUGUAUAUAUUUUUUACUUGUCCUGUGUAUGGUUUUAUCUCCGUUGGGUUUUGAAAAUAAACUUUCUUUGACACAUUUUGUUUUCAAUAGUUAGGUGUGACGAAAACCCCACCCUACUUAUCCCCGUCUCUUGUCCCUCUGACGUCAUGAUUUGUCGUGAUUUAAUUAGCAUUAAUGGAUAAUCAUGUACAAUUGACUGACC